UCCAAGGCAAACAGGACUCUACAGACUCACACACACAAACGCCAACAGACAGACCUGCAAGCUGACUUCCAGCACAUUCACAGCUUCACUGAACUUGGCUCACGCUGCCGUUUCUCUGACAGAAGAAAAGAAGACACACACACACACCUCCGUGGGAGAGCUCAGAUAAAGACGUGCCUUCAGUCUUGGAGUGGCGCUGUCACACAUUGAUAUACAAAUACGCAUUUAGGCAAAUAUACAGGCACAGUCAGGGAGCCACCACACGCCACAUACACACACAUUCCCAGGACACAAUCACUUCUCACACACAUACAUACACAGGGGAGCAAACAGUCUCUCUCUCUUUCUCUCUCUCUCUUUCUUGCUCGCUCAGCUGCUCUCCCCCUCUCUCUCACUCUCUCUCUCCCUCCCAUCCACACACACACACACCACUACAGUAUAUCAGCAAGUGACUAGCGGAGAGCCAGAGGGGAGUGCAGAAAUGAAUGUGAAGAUCCUGACGCUGGUGAUUGUGCUCUUGGUGUCUCUGCUGUGUUCUGCCAGUGCUGGUCCCAUGGCCUCCACGGAGCAUGGCAGAGAGCUGGAAGAGGCAGCUACGGUGAGAAAGCUGGUCCAGCAAAACCCUGCAAGGACCGGUCAGACCCACAGACCAUCUGGCUGGAAAAGGAGACGCCCACGGCCCCGUCUUUCCCACAAGGGGCCAAUGCCGUUCUAGAGCAAGGCACUGCUUUGAGCGCCCUCCCCCAGGUUCUGAUUUCUAUGCUCUUCCUUUGCCUUGGGGGGCCUUGCAACGAAGGGCCUACGCUUGCCCAGCCUGAAGAGUGAUGUCCAUAGCACCUGCUGGUUCUUCAAGCAACUCUGUCCACAAAAAAAUCAGGACAAGCCGCUCACCCUCAGCUCUAGGAGGAAUCGGGGGCAGGGAAGGGGGGGGUGGGGGGGUUUGAGCCCGAGCUAUCAGAUUCUAUUUCUCUGUCUCUCUCUUUCUCCUUCUCUCACUCCCUCACUAAUUAUCUAUCUCUGUCUUCUCCCAAGUGUUUUUUUAAAUUUUCCUAUCAUUUGCUUAAUAGAGCCAAAUCAUAGCAAUCUCCCUGAUUGUCUCACACACUUUGCAUGACAUGUGGUGGAGAGGGAGCCCGGUCAAAACAAUCUGAGUCUUAAAGCAUCUGUCACUUCUCCACGGUGUGGUAUUCCCAUCUCUCAGAUUCAAGGUUACUGCAGCCGCUGAUUCCAUUGCUGUGUAGCUACGUAUGGCUUUACUGGAGGGAGAAGAGCAGUGUCAGUUUUAAUAGCAAAUAUUUCGUUCACUUAGGAUACACUGUCUGCUGUGGAAAGGAAUCAAAGGUUUUGUGUUUGUAAUACAAGAGCAAGAGCACUACAUCUGAAAGACAUUAAUGACCAUGGCUUAAUUUAUCAUCAUUAAUGGUGCUUUGUACCUCCUAAUGACAAAACAUGCAAAGUGAAGUUGGACUGAGAAGAGAGCACAUAUUGUCAAAACAAUCUAUCUAGUGACCGAAUAAGUCCUUCAUUUAGGAGAUUCUUUAAUCCAAAGCUAUUUUGGUGUUUCUGAACUCAUUAACACCUUAGGGGGUUUACUGAUGCGCUCAAGGUUACUGUAACAUGUCCCACCUUGGAUGAGUCCUUUGACCCCAAAUCCCAAUCCCAAUCCUGUCCCCAAUCCCCAGCCUUCUCACAACACUGCUGCCCUGUGCAGCUGCUCUACACGACUGUUAACUGGCAGGGGCGGUCUGCUCCACCGACAGGCCACCUUGCCUUUUAAUGAAGUGCCAAAUAAUAACCUUCUCCACAAUGCUGCCAGGAACACAAGAAUGAACGGUUAGGGAGAAACACAUUACCUCUUGUUUAAAGUCUUGAUACACUGACACAUUAUGCAUUAAAAUUUUUUUGCAAAAUGAAGCAAAUCCCAUGUGAGGAGGACAAGUUAAAUUAGACCAAAAAAAAACAGUUUCAAAGCAAACACAAGCUUAGUUAAUAUGCCACUAGUGCUCUGGCUGUUUUAACAUUCAGCAUAAAGCUGAUUUGACCCUUUGACCGAUAUCUUUCACUGACUAAAUGCUAUGCCUUUCCAUCAUACUGGAAUAUAUUACUGUUUAUGUUUAUAUAUGUGUUUAAGUAGUUUUAUUUCUUUUUUUCUCAGGGUGCUGUGAUAGAGGCUUGUACUAGAGCAGUCUAUUUUGUGCAUUUAUUUAACAAAACACAAACAUACAAUACAUUUAAAGCUUAUAUGAGCAUAUUUUCGUAUACUGUAUCUUUACUCUCCCUCUAUGUAUACACCAGUAUAGCCAUGUAUCUAGAUACAGUCGUUUCUAGUCAAGUUCCUUUCCCUGCAUUAUGUUGGGUACAGUUGCCUUUCUAGUCUGCCCUUCCACAGCACAGGUGGUCGUGGCUUUGAUCAUUACGCUCAUUAAAUCCUAGAGUUAAUCUUUCUCAGAUGGAUCUCCCCAAGGCUGGCCCGGGCCACUUAGUCUGAGCUUAUUGUUAAAUUGGCUUAGACUGAAACCACACCCUUCCCCUCUCCCCCUUUUCAAUCACCAUACCCCUUCUGAUUUCACAUAACAUAUGCAACUUGUAGAGCAGCCACCUUUGAAUCAUCUGAUUUUUUCUUUUUAAUUGGGCCUUUGGGUGAAACCCUGCUUUCAUUUCAGUAAGCAAAUACCCUUAUUCCAGUCAGUUUUGACCAGAUAAGCAACUGGCAGGUUAACCUCGACUUUCAACACCUUUUCCCUCUCGCCAUGUCUCAUGCAAAUAUUAUUAUAAAACGCAGAGUCUUCUCACUCCCAGCAUGAGAAGCUUUUAUUAAGAGAGCAUCAAAAAUCACAGUGGUAAUCCACCCAGCCAAGCUCACCUUGAUUAAAAAUGUAUUAAAUCCUAGGGCACUGUGAAGAGUAAUAAUUUCAGUUUCACCAUUAUUUUUUCAUACCCUCUCAGACAGAGAUGUAGAUUUCAUUAAUGCUCCUCGGGAAUGAGACAGCUUUGCUCAGGAUGUCUCAUGUAUUAUUGGGGAAGAUAGUAGGAGGAUAUGAGCUGGGGAUGGAAGCUCUAAGCAGGAGUUGGGAUGCUGGAGUAGACUGGGUCAUGACAAGGGGUUCAAAUCAAUAUUUCCCCCAUCUCAGAAGUUAUUGUUACGGAGCCGAGCAACGUCUGUAUCCGCACUGUUCUUCAUGAAUGUAUGCUCACCAUCUGCACCAGCCAUGCUGCCCUUUCAGAAACCAGAGCAAACCAAUACUUAUGGAGAGUACCCUUUGAAUCUUGGUCUGGUUAUUAGUUGAAUCCAAAAAUCAAAAGCCAAAUAUCCCACAAUCCAAAGUCUCCAGUGUCAGCUAUAGUCCCAACAAAUAGACGUGGCUUUGCUCCAAGACUUCUCUGUAUGGGUUUGCAAGGCUGCACUUUUGCAAUUCCAUUAUGCUGCUGGAAAAAUACACCCUGAAAACAAGAGUCUCUUGGUAUGGAAUGGUUUUCCAGUGUAUUGUGACAAUUUUUUGUCUGAUUCUUGUCUAGCUGGUUGUCCAAAGCUUACUUUUUGAAUACAGUGUGAAAAGCUGUAUCUUUUGUGGAUGUAACAAAAUAGAAAAGUAGUCUGCAGCACAAUAUGUCGUGGACACGUGAAAGCUUUCAGGCAUUCUUUUCUUGUAGAUCAUAGCCCACAGCCCUCCCCUGCACAUCAGGUUAAUGGGCCUUGUGGUGUGGAAGGACAAGCACGUCCAGGCUCAAACUGAAAUGGUAAACCAAUACAUUAUGCUCGGGGAGCAAAACCAUUUUCCUUAAUGGUCUUUUCCAGCAAGGCUUACACAAGAGAAACAGUUCCUAUCCUCUCAAUGUUUCCUCUCCAGUUCUCCUUCUCUGUGACCAUCACAAGGCCUGAGUAAUGUUCCUAUGCACUUGUUAGCAUGUUUUCCUGGUAGAAAAAUGUUUGUUCUGAGAACUUGCCCCUUUGUGUUUAGUUCUUUUUGUCCAAAUGCAUUUGGCGAGGAGUGUGUGAGGAGUGGGGAUGAGCAGAGAGAUAGAUUAGUGUUACAGGUGGAGAUGAGAAUAAGCUAGCAGCAGGUCAUAAAAAUAUUAGCUUAGCCAUCAGUCUCUGUUUCCCAUA